AUGACGGAGGUCGGGGGGGAGAAGUUUCUCGGAUCAGGCGAUGACGAGGCACAGAAUGUGCGUUCUAUGCCCAACAGAGACAAAAAUACUAAGGAGCGCGCGAACGACGGCGCAAAGCGUCAGGAAACGAGGGGAGUCGUGAAUAAGAAUGGACAGAAAGGGGAGUCUGAUGCGAUUUCCUCUCUUUCUGCUUCUGCUACUCUGAGUGGACAGGUCAAAGUGGGAAGCACUGUGUACCAACGCACAACGCGCGAAGACGAAUCAGGGUUUUUUGGUGGCGGAACGGUUGCUGUGUGGACCCAGGAAGGAAAGCCGACAGAUGAGGGCUGGGCUGAGGUGACACUGGAGUCUGGCGAUGUGGUGUACAUGCAGUGGGGCAGUCCAUCGAUCACGCGCUGGCAGCUGCCGGACCCUCCAAGGGUGCAAAACCCCACAACGGUGGCGGAGAGGUCCUUUGACAUCAAAAAGGACUGGGCAGAGCAGCAGCGCAAACUAGUGCGGACAGCUGCGGCGAAGGCGCUGGACGACUGUGUCUUCUCCCGUGGCGAGGAGAAGAGCAUGCCAGAGGCGGAGCGUGCACAAAUGGUGCAGAAUAUCGCCAAUGAAUACAUGGUAGCCAGCGGUGCGAAUGGGUACGAUGAGAGCUCGGACAAGUGGCUGCGCCGUGCUGCAGGAACGGAGGUCGACACUCUCUUGGCAGCGCGGCGGAUGACGAAGACAGCGGGGUGGGCACUGCAGCAGCAGCCUGCCACACUUGUUCUGCAGGCGAAGCUUGGUCUUGUGGGGUACGUUUCACGUGAGGUGGAUGGCUCGGCCGCCGCCACGACCGCCACGGAGCCGCUGCAAGAUGAAGAGGAGCUGCUGGCACCGGAAUCACCGUUUCUCCCAUGCGCCCGCUUCCUGCGCGACCCAUACUAUGCCUCUCUCCUCGGCAGCCCAUGCGCCCGCCGCGGCUGCAAUGAACCACGGCUGGAGGCGACGACAUUCGCAGUUCCCGGCUCGGGGGAGGUGCGCGUUUUGUGUGCUGUCACCGCCUACGAAGGCUUCGAGGGACCACAGACGCACCUCUACGCCGUUGCACGCGACUGGACAGGAGCUUUUUGUUUGUUUGUUCUGGAGCCUUUUCACGACGCAGUUGAGGCGACUGUCUUGUCGGCCUACCCACUGUUGGACUCUAUCGAGCUGUCGCCUGUGUCGAAUCAGCGCGUUGACUUUCGUGUGGAUGGGACGUCGUUUGUCGCGUCUUUCAAAGACAAGCAGCACACCCAGUGGUUCCAUGACGCUCUCAAGGCAGCGAUGGCUUCCAUGUACGGCGAGGGAAACGAUUCUGAACGCAUCGUGAAGAUGCGAGCGUACAGCGUGGAGUUUGCUGCACACUACACGCAUGAUAGAAGCACCAACCUGCUUGGGGUGCUGCAUGCCAUUCUCUCCGAAACUGAGCACGUUGGUGCUAUGAUGGACGACAACUUUGCGCAGUUGCGCAUAUGCCUGCGAACACCGCAAGGGCGAGACCAGGUUUCACAGCGGUGGCUUGACUCAUCGGCAAAGCUGCUCACUGCCGGCGCCGCUGCCUGCCCCGCUGCUGUGGCCAACCACCUACGCAUGAUGGAGGAACUCAUGAAGUGCCCCACACCACACAUGGACGGCCAUAUUUCAGGCUGUCUGCAGGAUCGACUGAAGACUAUGGGGCGGGAGCUGCCGGAAUGCACAGCAAAGUGUGCCCGUCUCAGUGUUCUCCUUGGGUCUACGGAAGCUGUCAUGCUGAAGUGGGCAUCGCGCUAUGAGACCCCUGAUGUCCCCUUUGAGCCGUGCUUCCAGCCUUUGCCCCAUUCACAAGCCGCAGAAUACGAGGGGGCGCUCUUCGCGAAACGGCGAGUGCGUACCGCGGCGUAUCGCCACUCCCCCGGUAUCUAUCUGGCGGUGCUGUGCUUCUGUGGCGACAAACUUCUCACCGACAAGAGUGGGAGGCUGAUCGCGGAGGUCAUCCAGCCUGAGCCCACACGAGCAGAACUCUUACAGCUGACGGCAGACUGCGAAGACUACCGCUGGCUGCUCCGCCUCGGCGGCGCCGAUGAGAACUGGGCUGAAGAGAAGCUCCAGGAGUGGGCCGCCGUCUAUGAGGAGCGUGGCACGGAGUCGUUCAAAGGUCGCUUCAUUCGGGCAGCCAGCCGUCUACGCGACACUAAGACAUUCCCUACGCUGGGAUGCAUUUUUGACACACCCAUCCUGCAGGAGGAGGCAGGCUCAGCCUUCGUUCUCACGGUGUGCGAGGUGAAAUCGGAAGAUAUGAUCGUCCCAAGUGUUGGGAUCUGGCGCGAUGUGGGUGACGUGGAGCGCGUUGCGUACACGCAGUCUUUAAUGUGCCCGGAGAGCGCGCGUGUGGUGUCUCUCUCAAGCCGUUAUCGCAACUGUGUCCGCUACGUGGAUGCUGCUGCGCAGUACCGGGCGAGCCUUACAGAGCGCCUAGCACCGGGUUUCUACCUCGGCUUCUUUCUCUCUUCGGUAAGCGCAGAGGGGAUGACCAUGCUUGUGCCUGAAUGCAACCGAAAUCUGCCACCUCUGGUGAAGGUGAGUUCAGAGCCUCCGUCGCUGCAGCAGUGGCGGUGGCUGCAAAGUUUGAAUUACCGCCAACAGACGUUACAAACAUUCGGGUUGCCUGCGCCGGAAGAUCUCUCAACACCGCUAGAUGAGGACGCACCGUUUGAGAGCAAGGUGGGCCACGCGGUGGCAGCGCUGGAGGCGGCGGUGGGUCUGCGUGUGCAGCAGUUCUACGACCUAGAGCUCUUCGCGCUAGACGAGGAGCAGUCCAUCUACGCCUUUUUUGCUGUGGCAUACUAUCCACCACCACUGCCGCCGCUUGGUGCCAGUGCUACUGCAGAGGCACCUAAGGGCCUCGUGCCAAUGACCUUUAAGCUUGUGCGCGUGGUUGAUGACCACCACCAGCGACGCUACUGGCACCGUGUGUACGACUGCCUUGCUGAUGAGACGGAUCUCGCAUACAGGAACCUCUGUGUGAGGACACAGCCCUUCACCUCUGAUGAGGUAAUGCGCCUGAACCCCGCGAAUGAGGCCAUGCUGUAUGCGGUGGAUUUGGACAGGUACGCGCUGCUGCUGAGCUGGGCGAGGACCCUCGCGAUUUGGGUGGAGACGGACGGCUUGACGCUCGUGCAGAAGUACGCGGAACGGCUACUGGAGAGAACAGCAGGAACAACAACCACAAUGACGACAGAGACUAAAAAGCACAGCUCUAUCCCGUCUAUUGAGGAAGUGGUGGAUAUUGCCGUUUCCAACCAGGCUGCUGCGAUGGAUCCGAAUUUGUUUGCCAUGAAGUCACUGAUGCUUCAGCUGAAAACUGGUGGCAAGGGGGAGUGGGUGUCUAUCCUACAGCGUCUGCAGGAUAUCGAUGACACCAUGACAGAAGGCUACGCAGGCCGCGUUGCCCUAUCGACUCGGACAGACAACGCGCCUAUCCCACUGCGCAGCUUUGACGAAGUGCCGGUGGAGGAUGGGCUUUGUGCCGCUCGCCCCCCGACGGUGUACGAGCUGCCGUGCUCACUGAUGGAGUUCGUGUCUGGUGGAGACAACGUCGCUGAGGCGCACCUCUUCGCGCGCGAGAUCGUCGACGACAUAAUUGAUGUGGCAGUGACAGGCGGAGAGGUGGCGGCGCUCGGUCGCGUCGUGGAGAUGAUGGUGACAUGCGUAGAGACCGCUGAGGACAUGACAGAUGGCGUCGUGCUGGAGAGGCUGCGCGCGGACGCUGAAGAGGCGGCAUGGGCGGAGCGGCAGGCGUUCCUGCAGGAGUGGGGUGAACUCUGCAACGCGCAGCGCCGCCCUUCAUCGUUCGACGAUGCGCUGGACGCGGCGGUGGAGGCGCCGGAGCCGUUAUUUAGCGCCGGAUCGCAGCAGCGCGUACUCAGCGCCAGCGACGGCGUGCGUGUGUGCCUCGCGCGGGCAGCUGAGGACGCCGACCGGCUGCAGGAGCUCCUGCGCGUGGCGAACUCUGCUCUCCACAGCCUGGAGCUGGUGCAGUGUCUGCGCGAGUACAAUGACACCCUGCAAAAGCGGGAACAAGCCCUCUUCGGCCAACGCAGCAAGAACGACGGCGACAAGAGCCACCACCGCAAUCACCAUCUCCACAACAUGAAUAACACCAAUGACAAGGGUGUGGAGGGGGUGCUAAGCGUGGACUCCACCGCUGUUGUCACGCGGCCGCGACUUGUGACGCUUGUUUCCCGUGAGCAGCGCGAGAUUCCCCUCUAUGCGCUGGACCCCUUCCGUUGCUUGAAGCUGCAUGGUGAUCGUAUACGUGUGCCGUUCCUGGAGUUCGGCUACACCGAACUUCGGGUGCUCGGUGACCACAUGAACGCACCCGAAGAGGAGGUUGCCGCACAGCUUCGUGACUUGGACCCACCUGCUGACAAACAGAAGAGAAUGCUGCAUAUGGCACUGGAGCUGCAGGCCCCCCUGCUUGCUCUACGGCUUUUUCCCUUGGUGUACUGCCGCGCCACUGGCCGCUUCGGCGACGAAGCGGCGAGUGCCGUGCGGGAAGUGGUGAGGGCAAAUGAUUUCUUCCUUCGGUACGGCGUGCGUGAUUGGCUACAACUGGAGACGCUCGGUGGCCCUGCGAUCGCUAGCGGCAUGGACGUUCUUUGGUGGCUGCGCUACCAGCGGGAAGCGGGCGAUGGGGCGGAGCUGUACAGCAGCUACAGCGGCGCGUGGAAGCAGGUGUACGCGGAGACGCGCGUGCGUCUGCUACUCUCACGUGGCGCUAGCCGUGUAUCGGAGGCAGAGGCGUCGCUGUGGUUUGAGGGGCUUGGCCGUCAUGUUGCCUUCAUCAGCUUCAAGGGACAGACGCACGUCGCGGAUGCGGAGGUGGCCAUGCUGGCUGCGGCGUGCCCGCUUCUGCAGUCGCUUGACCUCUCCGGCACCGCCGUGAUGGACGAGUCGGUGCGGCUGCUGGACACGCGAUGCAAGUGUCUGGUGGAGUGCAGCGUGGCGGGGAGUCGCGUGUCGCGAGAGGCGGCAGCGCGGCUGAGCGACAUCUGCAUGCGGAAUGCGCGGAAUCGCUAA